AAAUAGCCGACAGCACUUUAUGGUCUCUCCCUUGCGUCUUUGUUGCGGAAGUGAAAAGUCUACGUGGGGAAGAAAGGUCGGUCGAACCAGUCCUCCUCUCCACCCCCUGUUUGGCAAAUGGACGCUUAGAGCAGCGGCCGGGGCGUAUAAAUGGGACAGAGAGCCGACGCCAGGCUGUAAUGCUGCGCCGGGUGCGGCAGUCUCUCCGGCAGGUGCUGUUUCUAAUGGCACGGAGACCGGGUCUACUCUGCGGGACUCUCGUGCUCGGCGUCCUGCUUGUACUGGCCGUCAAGUUCACGUGCAGCCGUGCUAAGAAUGUGGUGGCAGCAGCUCGGCCUUCGGUGCGGUUUUUCUCUGCCGAGGCCCCGGUAGUGGACCUAUACUUGGGUCAGCUGGACCAGGUGGAGCGUCUCAGGAGUAUGGCAGAGGUAUCUCUCAUCUUCUUCUAUGCGCCAUGGUGUGCUCACUCGAUGGCUGCCCGGCAGGAAGUGCAGCAGGUGGCUAAGAAGCUGGCCAAACAGGUGCAGUUUGUGGCUGUUAACUGCUGGUGGAGUCAUGGAAAAUGCAGGAAGCAACACCGCUUCUAUCAGUACCCGAUCAUCCAUCUGUUUUAUAGAAGGUUUGGGCCUAUAGAGUACAAGGGUCCAAUUGUGGCUCCGUAUAUUGAAAGUUUUAUCCUCAGAGUCAUCACACCGCUCACUUACCUCCCAUCGAGAGCCACACUCAAAGAGUUCCUCUCUUAUCAUGAGCCUCGAGUGGUGGGCUUCUUCCAGUUUAACUCCUCUCCUCAGCCGCCGGGGUACAUAACAUAUUUAUCCUCUGCCCUGCAGGCCCUGAAAAGGGACUUCCGUGGUGUUGUACGUUUCGGCGUUGUGACUAACAAACAGGUGGCAGAGGCCAUCUCACUAAAAGAAGAUGAAACCAUUUACCUUUACAGAAGAUUUAAGUCCUCUUUGAUUUUCCCUCGAAGGGAACGCAACUUUACAUCAGAGGCCAUCUGUAGCUGGGUGUUUGAACACCUUGAGAACGUCCUCCAGUGGCUGCAGCCUCCAGGAACAAAGUCCCGUCUCCUGGAACAUGAGCUGACUAAAGGUCCAGCACUACUGCUGUUCCUGCCACACAAUCCACUCGGGUCCAAACUUAGCCCUAUACUACAACAGGUUGCAGACAUUGCUGUGCGUUAUCAUUCUUGUGACAACACUAACCACUCCAGCUUGGACAACAGUUUCACCUCCCACCCGCUGUGCUGCCAGUCAGUUCUUCUCCCAGAGUCUGAAAGUGUGUGUGAGGUGUGCCUCAGUUUGUCACAAUCGGGCCUAACCAGCUCCUCUGUAGGCUGCUCGUUCCCGUCCACGGCUCAAGGAGGAGAGGAGUUGCAGUCUUAUCUCAGUUACUGCUGCCUACACCAACUACCUGCCUUGUCCUUAAAAACAGCAACCUCAGUGGGCUGUAGCAACUUUCUUAACAGCUACAGCCCAUUCAGUCAAUACAGUGCCUGCUGCAGAAAAGAAUCUCAACUCAAUGAAUCACAAGCCAAAGAGGAGCCAGACGUGCAAAUACCUCCUCCUUCUUUCAUCCCUCCAUCCUCUGUACCUCAGCAGGGAGGAGACAGCAUCACAGGGCUCCGGUGUCGGACUAACAGGACGCUCAGGUUUUAUCUGCUUGAUGUCGCUCUGAACUGGCCUCUGGCGGUUAGGCUCGGGGCAAAUAGCAACAGAAAUGCUUCUCUUCACCAAGACGCUGGUGCACAAGACGAUGGAUUGUUUGCAACUAUUGUGAACCUGAAGGAUGAGGUUCAUUAUGUUCUCCACCGCAGUCCAGCAGCCACGCUGACAGAGUCUCUGGAGGCCUUCAUCUGGAACUUCAGUGCUCCAUACAGCCUUUUGCAGAGGCACUUGGUGGGAGAAGAAGACAGGAAAGGAGGGGAGGAGGAAACCAGGGAUCCAGACAAACACCAGCACUCGCGUCCACGCCUCCUCAUCACAGAACUGACCACUUCCUCCUUCCUGCCGUCCGUCAUGGACAUUCAAAAGGAUGUGCUGGUCAUCUACUACACUCAGUGGUGUGGAUUUUGCUCUGUUCUCAACCACAUCAUCAUCCAGCUGGCCAGAUUAUUACAGGGGAACAGCACCAUCACUGUGGCCAGGGUGAAUGUUGCACGUAAUGAUCUUCCGUGGGAGUUCAUGGUGGAUCAUGUUCCCUCUAUUCUUCUUUUUCCCAAAUAUAGAAAACAUUUUAGCGUGAAGUUUCCUGACGACCUGCCCAUCACGUUACCCAACCUCCUUAACUUCAUCCUGCAGCACUCCGGCUCGGUACAAUAUGCAGACAGACCAGGGCCAGCUUGGAGCGAGCCGGAGGCUGCGGGCCCCAGCACCCUCCUCCGUGCAGAGUUUCUAGCACUCCAGCGAGAGGUCCAAGCGCUGCGUCACUCCCGCGAACGUCUCUCCCAACAGCUGGCGCAGCUGUGGCGCGACAACCGGCGGCUGACUUUCGACGCUCUCAGCCUAAAAGCCCAGAACGAAGGGCUGCAGAGAGAGAGGCAAAGCUUGGAGGAGCAGCACCGGGAGAAAAGCCGGCAGCUCGAGGAGGCGGUGAAGCGGCUGCAGGAGCUGGCAGACGCCUCCGACAACCUGCUGAAUGAGAACACACUGCUCAGGGUCCUGCUGAGGGCGCUGAAGGACAGGACAGAGGCUACAGAGCAGGCAGAGGCGGACAGAAAAGGGGCCUCAUGGCCUCCUGACCACAAGUCUGCAGGGAAUCCUGAGAGCGACGCAGAGAGGAGGAGGAGAGAGGAAAGAGGGCCAGAAAACGGAGGUAGGACAGAAAUGGAUGAGAAAAAGAAGAAGAUGUGAUGUGGUGAAACAGGAGGGAUUUCUAAGCAAAAUGAAGCGUGAAUGAGGAGGUCAUGUAAAAACCCUAGAGGCAACGUGACCUGAUGAUUUCUGUCAGAGAAAAGAGCAAAUGAGGGCAAAAUGACAGCUAUGAUCUGUCAGAGGAAAAUCUAAGAUAGCUGCUACGUCAGGAAAGAAAUAAGGAAACACGUGAAAGACAAUAAGAAAGAUGGCUAGGUGGGGAGGGGAAAUAGCAGUGUUUGUUAGAGACAGAACACUCUAAGCUGCUGUCAUGAUAGUGGGCUCAUCCACUCUUAGGAACACACUAGUGUGGAAAUUCAGUGCCAAUCAGUGCUUGCAAAAAAUGUUUUUUCUGUUGGAAGGGUGAAAACUUAAGACUUAUUACCCAGACCAUGCAGCCAAAUUCUCUACCUUCCCAAUAUUACUGUUAUAUCUCAUACAAAAGCUAUUGUUCAAAAGAUAAUAAAAUUCCCUCCAAAAAAACAUGUAGCUUACUACAACAGCUCACAUGGUAAAGUAUAAUGUACAUUCCCACAGCACUAAGUCAUGUUAUGCUCACCACUCUGCAGCUCUGUUUCUCUCUUUUGACAGAAAUGUUUUCAUAAUAAAUUCCAGUUGUUCCUUCUUAUUGAUGUGAUGCUAAAAAAUGUCCUGAUGUUUUUCAGUAGACUGAAUAUUAAUGGCCAAAGCAGCUGGCUCGCAUGAAGCGCUGCCAAAUGCAGAAGUGCCUUAAACCUGCACUCUGUCUGAAUUCCAGCAGGGGGCGACACAUGCAGGUGCAAAAGGAGGUUGGUUUCUGUAGAAGUCAAUAAGAAAAUGACCCACUUCUCAAUUGAUUUGUUACCUCAGUAAACAUUUUCAUAAUGAGUUUAUGGUCUCAAUCUCUAGUUAUAAUUCAUCUGCAACACAGAAUGAUGUUUUUUUUGUUUUUGUUUUUAUUAUGGUCUUGUUGAUUUUAAAAUCAAUGAUAAAACAGGAGGUGUUUUAGGGCGUGGCUAUGACGUGAUUGCCAGUCAAAGUGUGUGACAUAACAGAGUGUAAGGGCUCGUCUAAAAUCCUCUCAUCCGCAACCGAGAUGGCUGCUUCCGUAACGGCGAACUCAACAAUUCAUAGCCAAUCUCCACAAACCAAUGGGUGAUGUCACUCAUGCUCUGUCCAUUAAUAUAUACAGUCUAUGUGUGUUUCACAAUAAAAGCCUACAUAUGAAGGGAUGGGUGCUGAGGGAAGUUUCAUUCAUGCUAGCUUUCAGGGCUGCACGAUAUGAGGAAAAUAUCUUAUUGCGAUUAUUUUUGUUGAUAUUGCGAUCACGAUUAGAAGGAACGAUCCUUUUUUAUUGAAAAAUAAAAAAAAUGAAAUAUGAUUCUAGCGUGAUAUUCCUUUUUUGCAAGCAUCUGUAGCCUACCAAACAAAGAUGUUUUCUUUAGUCUGUAGGAUAGGAUUUGUAGGCCGGGACGUCGGCACCACCACAAUACUUCAGAAAGGUUUAACACGCGUUUUGCCUCUAACAAAUAUUUUGCCCCCCUGCAAUUUGGAUAUUGCACUAGUCUCUAUGGCGAUUUUGCUUAAAUUGCGAUUUAAUUGUGCAGCCCUAGUAGCUUUGCAUCAUUAAGGGGUGAAAAAGGCAAAACUAGAACACCUGAUAUGACUCUGGCUGUACUGAGGGAAUUCAAACUGUGUAGGGCUGGGCGAUAUGGCCAAAAUCUGCUAACGCGACAUACAUGUUAAGUUAUUUCAUAUUUUGAAAGCGAUAUCACGAUAUAGCAUGUUAUCUGGUAAUUCAAUAAAUAAAUAGGAAAUAUUAAAUAACCACAUGGUAAAGCCCAUUUUUGUAAACCCGUUUGAAUAAAAUCCUUGACAAAUAAAAUUAAAAAAUACUAUUUUCUCAUUUUAUUAAGACAUUUGGUGCAGAAUGAACGUAAAGGAUCAGAACGUAGAGUGUUGUCCAAGUGACGUAAAUAUUGCCCUAUUGAUGCAGUUUGGCUGCUGGUUUUUCGAGCAUCCCGAUACAACCGAUUAUAGAUAAGAGAACCGAAAUUACUAUAUCGUCAUAUCCACCAGCCCUAGUCAUGUGGAAAAUAUUCAGAAUUUAUCAGGACGAAAGGUAAACAUGGCGGAAGUUAACUGGAGAACAAGGAAUAUUAAAAUAUAUUAAAAUAACGGCCUUGUUCUCUGAGGUAAAUAUGAAGGCCCCUAUUAUGCUGCUACAAGCCCAGAGACGAUGAGGUUUUCCCAACAGCCCUUUGCUUAUUAAUCGAUGAUGACUCCGCGUUGGCAAUGUAGAAUUUGGCUGCAGGGAGAGAGGGCUGCUAAUGAAGCUGAGACGGAUUUAAUACUGAAGAGGUGGCACCUGCUCACGGACCUAAAGGUGAGCCAGAGAGCACUUGAAAUAAUUAGCUAGAACUUUUUUUUAAGGUGAAUUUGUUCUUUUGUUAAACUGAUCUAUUUUUACAGGAAUCCUUGAGUCACUAAGAUACUUCUAUGUAACUAUUCAGGUAUUAAGAAUGAGAUGCUGCAACUGUUUACAUGUGAGAUAUUGCACCUGUUUUUACUGAAUAAAAACCUUUCAUCUUA